AUGAGCCAAUACAACUUCACCAAAGACAUCUGGCCAAAUCCCGCGCAGAUCAACACGAACGCCAGUUUCAGAAACGAAGCUAUCGCCGAGUAUAAAGAGAACAACACCGGUCCAUAUGCAGCGUACAUUGUAUGCAGUGGCAUCUUCCUCCCCGGACCAGCCUUUCUUGGUAACCUCACAACCUCCCUGGUGCAGCAGGUCGAGGUCCAAGAUCCCUCCGAGUACCUUCCGGCUGAUACACCCCCCGAACUUGUCGCCGGCUACGCAGCCCAAAAGUCAAUCCUACUCGAUUCAUUCUUGUCCAACACGUCUGCCAUCCUCGAGCACCUGUUCCAGGGCUCGCCACGCGGCACAGCAAUCCUCCUCAAGCCUUUCUCGCGUGGCACGAUCCGACUGAACGCCACUGAUCCUUUAGGCCCACCAAUCGUCGACUACCGUCUCCUCAGCAACCCCAUCGAUUUGCAACUUCACAUCCGCAUGCAACAAUAUCUUCGCCACCACUUCGCCACAUCGCCCGCACUCGCGCCCCUCGGACCCGUCGAACUCGAUCCCGGCCCAAAUCUUCCCUCGGACACGGACGUAGAAGACUGGCUCAUCAAGCAGGACAAGUUGUACGCGAGUAACGCGCACCAAGUCGGCACUGCGGCCAUGAUGCCAAGGGAGCUAGGCGGUGUCGUGGACGGUGAGCUCAGAGUGUAUGGGACAAAGGGGUUGAGGGUUGUGGAUUGCAGUAUCAUUCCGUUGAUCCCAGGGGCGCAUACCAUGGCUACCGCGUAUGCGAUCGGAGAGAAGGCUGCGGACCUCAUCAAAGCUGCGAACAAGUAG